AUGUCAGCCGGCAUUACCGCAAUCGACCUGGUCGAUUCCGAUCUACUCAACAGAUUGAAGUCCGCCGUCCACACGACCAAGACACACUACGCUGAGAAAGGUGUUCCAUUCGUCAAUCAGGUCAUCGCACACUUGGUUGAAGUCGUGCAUGAGCUCUCGACACGGGCGACCAUGUACCCAGUAGCCCUCGUUGGUUCCAGGAUCCACCUCGACGAUGAGACCAAGGAGCUUGUCCGCCGGAUGCAAACCGUCAUCGACGAACAUCCUGCAGACAUGGCGGAGCGACUAGAUAGACUGGCGACAAUAUUACAAGAGCGCAUGAAGAGGUCAAUUCCCAUGGACGAUGGCACGCUAUGGUUGCCUGAUGAACACGUGAAACAGUGCGAAAAGUCUUACGAGCAAAGGUUGUCGGAGCAACGUGCAGCCUUAUGCGACCCUGACCACAUCACCUACGAUACAGUUGAGCCAGAGUUCGAAGAGAUUGGGGAAGAGGCGGAGCCGGGAGAAUAUGAUGCAGACGACUCAGACGACGAACGAAACAUUGUAUUGACUAAGGAAAACUAUCCGAUGGAAGAAUACCCACUCGAUGCAGAAAGCUAA